CAAACGAAAUCCAAUAAAAUCUUGGGCUAAAACCGAAACCACUUAAAACUUCAAAGCCACGUACGCUUUCCAAAUCUUUCCCACCUUUAUGAGCUUCCAUGGAGAUUUCCUCAAAUACCAAUAUCGUCUCCUCCAACUUCUCCAAUCUUGUUCAAAACUUCGUGCCCUUAACACAACAAAACCACUCCAUGCACUCACCAUUACUAUCAGCGCAAACCCAGAGCAAUCCACCUUUGUUUACAACAAUAUUAUUUCUUUCUAUGCAUCAUUCAACCAGGUACCAAUGGCGCACAAAGUGUUCGACAAUAUGCCUCAAAGAAACAAAGUGUCUUACAAUUCAAUUAUUAGCUGUUUUAAUAAAUAUGGUUAUUUAGAGGAAGCUUGGAGAACGUUUUGUGAGAUGAUAGGUUGUGGGUUCAGGCCGAAUAACUUUACCUUGUCUGGUUUGUUAUCGUGUGCGUCCAUGGAUGUCGGUCGUGGGAUUAUGUUGCAGGCACUGGCAAUAAAGAAUGGGUUAUUCUGCAGUGAUGUUUUCGUGGGCACUGCUUUGUUGGGUUUAUUUGGAAGAUGUGGGUGGUUAGAUGAAGCAUUCCAUGUUUUUGAAGAUAUGCCUAACAAAAGCUUGGUGACAUGGAAUUCGAUGAUAUCAUUGUUGGGGCAUCAUGGUUUUGUGGAAGAUUGUGUAGUUUUGUUUCGCAAGCUCGUUAGGAAAGAGGGUUCUUUGUCUAAAUGUUCUUUUGAGGGUGUUUUAUCGGGGUUGGUGUGUGAAGAAGAUUUGGAAUUCGGAGGACAAAUACAUAGUUUGGUCAUUAAAAGCGGGUUUGAUUGCCAAGUUUUAGUUUCGAAUUCUCUUAUCAAUAUGUAUGCGAGAUGUUCAAGCAUUUCCGAAGUGGAGAAACUUUUUGAGGAAGUAGAUGGUAGGGAUGUAGUCACGUGGAACACAAUAAUUAGUGCCAUCUCAAAAAGUAAGAACCCUGAAAAAGCAUUAGAAGUCUUUCUGAAAAUGUCUGAGGAUGGAAUAAUGCCUAACCAGACCACAUUUGUAAGUGUCAUUAACUCUUGCACCAGUUUGCUGGUCCCAAUGUGUGGAGAAUAUGUCCAUGGUAAAAUAGUGAAAACUGCUCUUGAAACAGAUGUUUAUUUGGGUAGUGCCUUGGUUGAUUAUUAUGCCAAAUGUGGUAAACUGGAUAAUGCCCAUUAUUGCUUUCGCGAGAUACAUCAGAAGAAUGUGGUCUCUUGGAAUUCUUUGAUCCUGGGUUAUGCAAAUAAAUGCUCUUUUGCUUCUAUUUCUUUGUUGCUAGAAAUGCUUCAGUUAGGCUUCCGACCUAAUGAAUUUUCAUUUUCUGCUGCUCUUAAAUCAUCCUUGGUUUUAGAGCUAAAGCAGAUUCAUAGCUUGACUAUAAGAUUGGGCUUUGAGAAUAAUGAAUAUGUAUUGACCUCCCUUAUUACCUCCUAUGGCAGGAAUGGUCUCAUAACUGAUGCUCUAAUCUUUGUUAAAGCUUCUGAAACAAUGCUUGCUGUUGUUCCCGCUAACAGUAUUGCUGGAAUUUAUAACAGAUCUGGCCAAUACUUUGAGACAUUAAAGUUUCUUUCUCAGCUUGAAGAACCAGACGCUGUGUCUUGGAACAUUGUUAUUGCAGCUUGUGCACGCAAUGGAAAUUACAAUGAGGUUCUUGAACUUUUUAGACACAUGCGUGUUGCUCAAAUGCUUCCAGAUAAUUACACAUAUACAAGUCUUCUAUGUGUGUGUAGUAAGGUCUGUAACCUUGCUCUGGGAAGUUCUAUUCAUGGUCUCCUCAUAAAGACUAAUUUCAGUUAUUUUGAUAUUGUUGUCCGCAAUGUGUUAAUAGACAUGUAUGGAAAGUGUGGCAGCCUUGAAAGUUCAGUAAAGAUUUUUGACACUAUGACAGAGAGAAACCUAAUUACAUGGACAGCUCUAAUUUCAGCCCUUGGAAUUAAUGGCUGUGCUCAGGAAGCAUUAGAAAGGUUUAAUGAUAUGGAAUUUCUAGGUUUUAGACCUGAUAAGGUUGCUUUUAUUGCGGUGCUUACGGCAUGCAGACAUGGUGCUUUAGUCAGAGAAGGGAUGCAGUUGUUUGGUAAAAUGAAUAAUUACCAUAUUGAACCAGAUAUGGAUCAUUAUCAUUGUUUAGUGGACUUAUUGGCUCGGAAUGGACAUCUUGAGGAAGCAGAGAAAAUGAUUUCCUGCAUGCCUUUCCCACCAGAUGCCCAAAUAUGGCGUAGCUUUCUUGAAGGUUGCAAGAAACGUAGAAAUACUGAGGAUCAUGCAGUGUGCAUAAAGUAAAAGUCAACUCUUGACAUUAGUGCAUGCAUGCAGAGGAUUAAGCCUCCAACAUGUAAACUUGAAAUUAUUUUCUCGGAGGUUCCUUUUGAGACAUUGUGUAGCCUUUGCCUCCAGAUAAAGAAAGAGAGUACAGACACUCUGAAUUUCCAAGGCCAAAUAUUUGUUGGUCAUGCUGAUUAAAUGUGCCAGGUGUGGAUGCCAAAUUAACAGUUGGAGAAUUACUGAAAUGAGUUUUUUCCCCUCUCUUCUCUGCUUAUCUCAAGUGUCGCAUAGGUUUAUAUUGGUCAUGUAAUUUUGUAAAUUAACCAAUCAGGAGUUUGCAUCAUCAUCCAUGAAACUCUACCUUUAAACCUGCAUUAUCAGAGCCAAACAUUGCCCUUAACCAACAGAGAUGCCAGUUUGAGCACUUUCUCCUCCUUCAGUUUGUGGCCAUGCAUGGCCCACCCUAAGGCUUUCCUAUGUUCAAUGGCAAAGCCUGUCCCUUGCAUGUCAAACUAGGAUAUUGUAAGAUUCCUGCAUUCUAAAGCAGUUCGUGAUAUUUUUUUUUGGAACAACUAGACUAAUUCAUGAUAGUGUCACACAAUCUUUGGUGGCUUGCAUUUCAUUCAAACGGUUUGGUCCAUAAGUUCCAUAAGUUCUCUACACAUCGGCCUAUUCUUGAAGGCUUAGGGUAAUGACCAUCUCUCUCAGUCACUUCUGCCCUUAAGCACCAAGUAUUUUCAAUGAUGAUCCAAUGAGCAUAAGAUCAAUUGAGAAAAACAGAAUGAAAUUCAUAUUAUCUGUUAUCAGCUGGCGGAUCUGAAACUAUGGCAGGCUACAAAAUAUUAAAGCCUCAAGAGCCCAGAUCAGAUGUCCCUAUUAUGUCAUGCAGGACUGAAAAGGAACAGAGCGAGGAUUAUGAUGCUCCCUCAUGAUGCAUAUGAUGUUAAGUUGGAACUCAUAAGGAACAAAGUACAAAGAAGACGAAGGAAUUUGAAAGAAAAAUAUCAAAUGCUUUAGACAACAGAAAAGGUUUUUUCUGCUUAAAUGGUAGCUGAUAUUAACAAAACAGGAAGAGAAUGUGGAUUGGCCAGUGGGGAGGUCCUAUAAAGAUACUCAUGAAAAAAGGUCAAGCUCUUCAAUGCAGAGAUGAAAUUGUGGAUGUGGUCCAUCUCGUCCAAAAUUGUCCAUUAAGCUGUUUAAACUUAAAAGUGCAUCUAUUGGCAAGUUUUGAUGAUACCCGUUUUUAGUGGAAGAGGGAAGCAAUGGGGAGUCGCUCUUUUGAUAGUGGUUUAAGGUGAUGGAAGACCACAUACAUUGCAAGAUUAUCUUCUUUACAGAGGAGAGAGCAUUUUGCUAAAGGUUAUGUUUCUUUUCCUAGGAUUUUCCGUGAUAAUCAUAAAGUAAAACAAAACAAAAUAUAGUGAACUUUUUUUUUUUUAAUCUCCACCAGCGUUCACCAUUCCUUUCUUAAUCCUAUAAAUAGCAGCUCUUAGGUGGAGCUACAAGCCACCUGUCUUCUGUAAGAGAUUCCGCACCCUUCCUAGCCAAACCAAAUACUUAGCUAUAUUAGCUUGCGGGAGUGGAGAAAAAGCAUAGCAUUGUUGCUCUCUACUUGGCUAGCUAUUCUAACAAAAUGAACAGUACUCGUGACAUAUAGCGAGUAUUGUAGCGGUCCUCAGUUGUUGAUGAUUGGUGGCGCGAGAGAGAAAAUUGGGCAAUGUUCACGUGAAAAAGAAGGCAAAGUAUUGUGGUACCUAGUACACCAAAUGGGGGUGGAGAAGGUAAAGAGGAAGAAGUCGUCUGGGAUUUAACUUUGAUUAUUUUGUCUUUUCAUUCUCUCAAAACAACCGUUAAAAUCGUUUUCAAAAAUGUCGUUUGUCUCUCUUUUUCUCAUACCCUCUAAUGGUGAUUAAUUUACUUUUCUUUAUUAACCCUCAGAAUCCCUUCGUUGUUUGCUCAAUUAGGGUUUUAUUGUACUGAUUUUUUCACUUGAUCUGAUCAAUUAUUUGCUCAAUUGGGUUUUUUUAAUCUAUUAGAAUUUUGAUUCAUUUUUUUCAAGCUUUACAGCUGUAGGGAAGAAUGAUUUGUUUUAGUACUAAAGUUGUUCAUCUUCUUCGUCAACGUUUUCUCGCAAGUAAUUAAACUCUCCCCUACCUCUUAUCGCAAGUAACUAAAAUCUCCCCUACCUUGUUUUCUUCUUCGCUUCUGUCCCUCUAUUCUAAUACAUGGGUCAGCUGCGCCGCUCCCAUUUUUUUCUAUUUUACUAAUGUAGAUCAUGUAUCUUUCAGCUCACUGUGUUUUGAAGACGUUUCUUAUUAAAUGGAAGGAAUUCAUUUCUGUAAAUCUAUAAGAAUUAUCAGUGGGCUUCAUUUCUUGGGUUAUCUUGAAUUUCAGAAUGGCCACUGCUGUGUUUAACCAAGCCUUGGGGGCUGCACAGACCCAUCAACACCUCCAGAACUCUGGCUCUCAUUAUGAACUUGACAAUGCUUCGGUGAAAACUUGACAAUGCAUCGGUGAAACUGGUAUCUAAAGGUUUCAAGGUUGACAUUGGACUGCCAAGAAGAGGGAGUUGUAGUUCUUGUAAGAGGAAAUUUGGUGCUCUUUAAGCCUAAGCUUCUCAAACUUAAGUGGUUCAACCAGUUUCAUAUCCCCCAAAUUACAGCACUGAUGAGUUGCGAAAGAAAUAAAGUAUUCUUGUUUCAUUUUGAAAGCUUCUUUUGGGGCUUGAAAGGGUAGGAAAAGAAGCAUGUAAUGAUGGAAGUAACUUCCUU